AUGCCUCCCCGCCAAACCCACUUGAGAAAGACGACAAGGGUCCAUGAGGAUCCGCCUGAGCCAAUUAUCACUUUCUGUGGAUUUUGUCAAAAGGGCCCCUUUCCAAGUCUCGCAGGGCUAAAAAGGCACAUUAACAAUACACCAAACUGUCAUCAUGCACGUCAAGCCGAGUUUGGCCAGUAUGCCGCGAGCAUUUGGGAUGACAUACCUGCACCACCAGCUGGAGAACAAGUCGCAGAAUCUUCUGGGACAAAUAAUGAAGGCGCUCCCACCCCAGCUGAACAUCCUGUUGAAGACGAGCCAGAAGUUGUUUUCCAGCUGGACCAAGACCUCGACAACAUGGAUGACUUUGUUCUUGAACCACCAGAACCUCAUGUUCCGGAUGCACUGCCAAGAAGGUCAGAACGAGUGACAGUUGAGGAAGUUCCAGAUGAAGAUAACCCACUCCACGACAAUGUCCGCUAUGUCGAAGACUUUCCCAAGGCUGCAAAAGCAGGCGCUACAUGGGGAAUACGCCGGGAGCAAGAGACAGAGGGUGAUCCGAUAUGGGGACCAUUCGCGGAUGAAGCUGAAUGGCAGUUAGCGCAGUGGUUACUGCAAAAUGUGGGGCAAAAGCAGGUGGAUGCUUACCUGAAGCUUCCUAUUAUGUGUGAUCGAAUGCAGCCAUCUUACAAGAAUAACCGAGAUUUCUUGAAGAAGCUUGAUGCAUUGCCCACUCGCAGGGAUCUGUGGACAUGUGAGAUCAUUACUGCACCAGGAAACUGCAUCAAUGAUGAUGGGAAGCCAAUGCCUGCUGAGAAACUCGAGCUUUGGCAUCAAAAUCCUGUUGAAGUCGUGAAGGACUUAAUGAGCAAUGAGAGUCUCUGA